AUGUCACAACCGCCAAUGCCAAAAAGUCCCAAUGGGUCAUCAUCUAAAAACUCCAAAAUGGGUUCCUCAUCAGGACUCGCUAAAAGACCUUCAUUCAACAAGACUGAUUCCUUAUUCAUAGAAGGGUCUCCACCAUCAAAUCUAGAAUCCUCACAAUCUACUCAUUCACCAGCUAGUAAUAAUACAAGAAAUUCACAUUCACCGUAUAACAUAUACAUUGACGACUCCAGAUUUUCCAAUAGAUCAAUUUCUGUAAACGAUUUGAACAGUAUUAUAGAUAGUCUAAGUGAGGAUACGGACACUGAUUCAUCGUUAUCAUCAGAUGAUCACAGCAAACUUUUAAAAACAGCAAAAAAUGACAAUUUUAUCAACUCUCACUCAUCUAGAACAUCCAUAAUACGACAUAGUUCACCUCCUGUGAUGGAAAAAAUGUUCAGUGCUGAACCCUUUGCCCCAAAUUUAAGAGGGAAAUCUAGUAUUGGAACGAUAUCCACAUCAAUGUUAUUAAAUACUAAUGAAUCUGACCCGAUUAGUGGGGGUAGCAAGAACCUAUCCACUUCAUCACCACUACCAUGUGAAGAAAAUGCAUCAACUGAUAAAAAGGAAAUACAUGAACCUGAUUCCGCUGAUUUACCGAUACCAGCUUCACAAUCGUCAUCUUUUCAACAAUAUGACGAUACUAUUGAACCCGCCAUCGAAGAAGCUGUAAAACUAUUGAAAAGAGAAGCAAGUCAAAAACGGAAGAAUGUGAAUUAUAUCACACCAAAGACAACCAACACGCAUUCAUCGUCCACAUCUACGUCAACAACAGCAUCGUUCAUACCGCAGAAUUAUAAGAUUCCUCAAAAGGCGUUACAUUCUUCUUCACACCAAUCUUCGAAAAGGCCACCAAGUUCAUCUUUGUUAUCAAAUAGAAUUGUCCCAUCUCCGAAAGCUGACAAAAGACAUUCAAAUGUACCUCUAUCCCAUGUACAUAUCAUUGAUAAUUCCUCACCUUCGACCAUUCAGACAACUUCUACAGUUGUGAAUCCAGAAGGGAGAGUAAGUUCAAAUUCACUUCCAAACCCAAUAAUACCUAAUGAUACCAAUAAUACUAAUAAAACUCCAGCAAAGAAAAUAAGUUCUGCACAGUUAGAAUUGGCAAUAGAAACUAUAAACCAAUAUAGAGCUGGAAAGGGAAUAGAUUUAGAAAAACAACAAAACGGAGCGUAUUACCGCGAUGAGGAUAUGCCUCAAUCACCAAUUCAACACAUAGAUACAGAAUCAAUCCACUCAUUUGAUUCACAAAAUGGUGGAUUUUGGUCCAUAUUUAGUCUCACUAGAAUCAUUUCCAUUGUAAUUAUUUGCCUCUUGAUCCCUCCUUUUUUCUUUAUGAUUGCGUUGGGUGAAAAGGGUGGGGUCUCUAAUUACCGAAUAAUGAGAAUGAUAAUGAACACUGAACAUCGAUUAGGGUUGUACAAAGGGUUCAUUUGGGAUGUAGACGUUAAUUGGUUCAGAAUGCUCUGUCUUUUAGUGGGGACUGUUGAAAUUCUAUGUAUCUUUGCAGGAAUUGCCGUUGGGUUUGGUGUUGGAUUAACCAGGGAAUGA